AUGUCUGCCAACGACCUCCGGGGGUGGGUGAUGAGCGCCGUCUCAGGCGUUGCAUGUGUCCUUGGUUCCUCGAUCAUCUGCAUUGAUGUGCUGGUGCGGGUGCUUUCCCGCCGCAAGAGCUUCCAGAUAGCCAACAGUAGUAACUUCCUGUCGGCAUCAUUAUGUCUCAGUGCUGGAGUCAUGCUCUUUACCUCCCUGUAUAGCAUGCUGCCCACCUCAAAGCAGUACCUCACCCGCGCCGGCUUCUCCCCCGCCGUAUCUGCAUAUAUUCUGAUCGGUCUCUUCCUUGCCGGAGUCGCAGGCAUCCAAAUAGUAUCUGCAUUCGCACACAGAUAUAUCCCAUCUCAUGUUGUCGACUGUGCCCAUACCCAUAACGAGUCGGAACUUGAUCCCGAGCACGGCGAGCCCACACACGAGGACCGAACCGGACAUGAUGAACGAACACCGCUUUUGCAGUCUAAUAAGCCAUCUUCAUUCAAGUCAAUGCCGGCGGUGGUACAACGGAGCCAACAUACUGAGCCGGCACCCAGACGCCGCGAGACGAUGCGGGCAAUGCUGGCGCGUCGCAUUACGUCGCUCAUGGGUGGCGUAAAAUCCGCCUGUGACGAGGACGGGCCUUGCUUCGGAGUUUCUCAGACCUGCGGCCAGGAAUGCACUAAAGUGCUUCCGCUAUUAGCCGGCAAUGAAGCCGCGCGACCAGACCCGCUGCAUCAUGGAAGCAUAUCUGUGCCCCUGGAACCGGAAAUUCAGCGCGCGGAAACUGACAUUGGCAAUGAACAUCCACCUACUACACAGGAAGGGGGAUAUUUUGACAACAUCUCUGCACAUCACGAUGUGCACCCAUGUGUUGCUUCGUCCGCUUCGUCUCAGACCAUAGACUCACAUUCAAGUCAUCACUCUCAUUCGCAUUCCGAGCAUCAUCCGCAUUCCGAGUCUCAUGGACACCUCGACAUCGAUUCUGAGCGUCCCAAAUCAGCCGGUGGCAAUCCCCACCACCAUCACGUUCCCCAAAAUGCAUUCCUCUCCAUUGGACUCCAGACCUCGCUCGCCAUUGCCCUGCAUAAGCUUCCCGAGGGGUUCAUCACCUAUGCCACCAACCACGCCAGCCCAACCCUCGGUAUGACAGUGUUCCUGGCUCUUUUUAUCCACAACAUUGUGGAAGGCUUCGCCAUGGCGCUUCCGCUCUACCUAGCCCUCGGUUCCCGCUGGAAGGCAAUGUUCUGGUCUAGCCUCCUGGGAGGUAUCAGCCAACCGGCCGGUGCUGGUAUCGCUGCACUUUGGAUUUGGAGCACCGGCCAACACGGCAGCGAAGAUGCCACAGGUCCCUCGUGGGGUAUAUAUGGAGGUAUGUUCGCUGCCACCGCUGGAGUCAUGACUUCAGUUGCAUUGCAACUUUUCAGCGAGGGACUUGGUCUCACCCAUCACCGCGGAAUGGGAAUUGGGUUCGCUAUUGCAGGUAUGGGGUUGAUGGGUCUCAGCUUUGCAUUGACCGCUUGA